GUCAUCUUCGCCUGGCGUACCCCCCCACCGUCCACCGUCCACCGUCCACCUUCCCCCCCCGCCGCCGACCAACCCACGGAACAUCCGAUUGCAAAGGCCAGGCGGUCGCUUCAGCCUCAAAGAUGGCUGGCCUAAAACAUGCCAAGGUCGCCUUGGACCCGGCCAUCGUCCGACUGGGGAAUAUGAACACGAACCGCUACAAGUACUUCCGAUGGACGCCCAGGACAGCGUGGAUCACGUUCAUGUAUGUCGCAGUGGUGCCGAGCAUCGUUGGCGUCAUUGCAUACUCGACAGAUGGUAAGUACGAUCUGCGCGCGAAGCGGAGAGGCGACACCAUCUACGAGUAUUGAUUGGCGCGGAGAGCAAGGGUUUGCGGUCGCAUGAGAGAACUGUACAUAAGAUAUGGCUGGACUGGCUUGACAUGGAGAUCAGCCAGAGGGGGACGUGGGAGCUCUAUUAGGAUCUCAAAACGCCGAAAAAUGCCGGUUAUCAACAA